CAGCACUGCCGGUCACUACAGCACCGAGCAGGCUGUCUGUCUGCUGGACCAGCCACGCCAUCCAUUUAUCAUGACGGGAUUCACGGAUGUCUGGGCUCGCACUGCGGGGUUUGGGUUGUGUGGAAGCGGACAGUUCGCGCGCAGAGGCGUCGGUGGAGGACCAGGGCUCUUCCGUGCAGUUUGAGCGUUUGCAGGAGCGUGUGUCUGCUCCAGGAGGCUGCGCAGACAAGAAAGGCGAAGCAGCAGGAUUUCACACAGCAGAGUGCACAUAGGGACACUCAGGAUUAGAAGCCAAAUUCUGCACUGCAGUGGAUUUUCCUCAGGUGUGUGUGAGUGUGUGUAUAGGAGUAUGCAGGCGUCUGAUCUGACAGAGGACUAAGUAGGCUUUGUUCACUUUCUCGUUAAAACCGAAAGAACCCACAGGAGCUUUGGGGAACGUCUGGAGGUCGCCCCGUCCUAGAAAACUGUGCCACACUCCAGUUUCAAGACCACCUAGCCCCCCUCUGCCUUUUUCUUUUCAAAUCACAGGCAAAGUGUGGUGGCUGGUAAGUGGUCUGCCCAUUUGGAGGCCUCAGACUGGAGAGCUUUGACAGACUGGUGGAUUGAUACGACGGAUUUUUAAAGAACUGCAUUAAGCCAAAUCUACAUUUUAAAGCAAAAGGCCAGCUGGUCAAUUCAGCUUCACUAUACUUGGAGGACUUACAUUUUUGUAUAAAGAAGGUUGGACAUUCCCUUCAAGCUUUUGUGGGACUAAGCAAAGGUGUCAAAUUUCACCUCAGGGAUCAGAUUUUUAUCAUUUUUCACUGUGUCAUUCAAGUCAGCACCAAACAGCAAAUCUCAGGCGGCUUUACAAGUUGGACAGGUUACGAUAGAGUUUCACCUCAGGGAUUUUUUAACUAACAGUUUCCUUUUAGUAUUUUUCCAAGACAUUUAUUUCAUUUUCAACACAGCAAAUCUCAGGCAACACCUUUAUUUUUGGUUUUAAAACAGUCCUAUGAGCUCCUGUAACCAUGGCAUCCGACAGUUUCCAGUACCGGGUGCUCUUUGAAUACAAGCGGGAGCGCGGUGAUGACAUCAGUCUCCAGACGGGCGACCUGCUCACUGUCCAAAAGGCAACACUGAUGGCCAUGCCAGGGCUGGACUACCAGGAUGGGGACGAGCGUAGUCCGAGAGGCUGGCUGCACGGUACCAACGAGAGGACCAAAGAGACGGGAGACUUCCCUGGGACUUUUGUGGAAUACAUCGGGUUGAGAGUUGGCCUUCCUGCAGCCAAAUCCUGGCCCAGGCCUAUACCACCGAUCCCCGGGGGGCCACACACCGAUAUGGGGGCUCAGCCUCCUGGAGCAGCUGCUGCUUCAGGUGAGUGCUGCCCACACGGACACAGUUGAGCACAUCAUGGGGAUGUUUGGGUUCUCUAUAUUGAUUCUCCUACACUGAUCAGUUGGAAUGAAUUCAACAGGACUGUUUUUCAUGAAAUCCACAUUAUUGG